UCAGCAUUACCAGAUAUCGCUACAGUACCUUUCUUCAGUCGUCAGUCACUGCUUCCUCGCUAGCACUGCAGGGGGGUAAUUCGUUGGUCUAUUGUGGUGGUGAGAGUUAACUCCUUUUAACAAUGUCAGAUAUUGACUACGAUGAGCUGUCAGCUAACCUCGACGGUCUUGUUGUGUUGGACGUGAGGAGCCGUGAAGAGGUAAAGAAAAAUGGACAAAUCCCCGGCUCUCACUGUCUCCCAGUGACGGAACUAGAGGAAGCCUUAGAUCUGGAUGAGAAGAGUUUCCAGGAGAAAUAUGGGUUUUCUAAGCCUUCAAGUGAUCAGUCACUUGUGACGCACUGCAUGAUGGGUGGACGAGCUAAGAGGGCUGGCGACGCUCUCAUUGCUAAAGGACUCCAGGCAAGGGUGUAUGUUGGGUCUUUCAAUGACUGGAAUGCAAAGGGAGGCAAAGUGGAUCCUGGGUGUCCAUUCGAGCCCGCCAGCUAGAGGGCAGCACCGGAUGGACCAUCGACACCUCGGCGCCUGGACACUACUGCAUUGCAAAGUUGAAAACGGGAGAGGAAUAUAUUUGUUGUUUCAAUUAUUUGGUUAGAGUUUGUUACCUUUUGUUGUGUCGUUAAACACUAGCGGCGAGACUAAUAAGGGUUUCCCAAGAUAGAGCCUCUAUAUAAAUUUAUUGGUUAUUAUUUCACAACUGUUUUGAGUCAUUCAAUUUAUGUGCAGUUAGAACCUAAUAUCUUCUACCGCAGAUCAUGUGAAAAUUUGAGCGCAAUGUACAAUAUGGAAUAAAUUAAUUGGAAUGUUA